AUGGUCAUUGGUGAUUCCAGAGCAGGAAAAUGCUGCAGUUGUCAGAGGUUUUGGCUGGUGACUAAGGAAGAUGGGCACAUGGUCGCCGCCUGGCAGGAGCCUUGCCUGGUACUGGUGUCUAUCACCUGUGAGGGCGAGCGCCUGAUCUUCAAGGCUCCGGGCAUGGACCAGCUGGUUUUGCUGAGCAAGCUGCCUCCCUCAAACAAGGUCCACGAUUGCAGGCUAUUGGGCAUGGACAUUAAGGGCAGGGACUGUGGCGAUGAGGCAGCGCAGUGAUUCACCAGCUUCUUGAAAACAGAAGCUUUCAGGCUGGUUCAGUUUGAGAAGCACAUGAAAGGAAGAUGGUUGAAGGAAAUUUUCUCUCCUGUGGUACUGAAUUACCAGUUGGCCUACCCAGACUGCAGCCCCAUCAUGGUCCUCCCUGAAGCCUCCUUGGUGGCUCUGAGUACCAGGCUGGAGAAGAAAGUGAAAAUGGACCAGUUCAGAUCCAAUAUCAUGGUGACAGGCUGUGAUGCUUCCGAGGAGGACACCUGGGAUGAACUCCUCAUUGGCAACGUAGAAAUGAUAAAAGUUUUGUCUUGCCCCAGGUGCAUCUUGACCACCACAGACCCAGAUACUGGAAUCAUAGAUAGGAAGGAGCCCCUGGAAACCCUGAAGAGCUACCCCCUGUGUGCUCCUUUGGAGAAACAAAUAUACAAGUCAUCCCCACUUUUCAGGUUCUAUUAUUCAGUGGAGAAAAUUGGCAAGAUGCAAGCUGGUGACCCAGUGUAUCAGAUGGGUCCAUGA